GGAGCUGGGGGUGGAGGAGCGGGCGUCGGCCGCGAACCCGCGCCGCGUCCAGGACUGCUGGGGCCCGGAAUGUGAUGGUCACCUGGGGCAGCCGCUCUCCUUUCGUCAAGGGUGGGGUGCCUGUGGGAGCUCCUCCGUGCGUCCACCUCUCGGACCCUGCUCCAGCAACACUUUUGGAUGCCGGAUGCCAACCCAAGUCCCGAGGGCCUCUUGGCUGCCAACUCCCCUUUCGGCCCCUGAUUCCGUGCUCCUUCCCCUCACGUACUGGAUCUACUUGUUUGGGGAAGGCCCUUCUUUCCAGUCAUGCCAAAGAGGAAAGUGACCUUCCAAGGCGUGGGGAAUGAGGAUGAUGAAGAUGAAAUCAGUGUUCCCAAGAAGAAGCUGGUGGACGCUGCGGCUGGGACAGGAGGUCCUGGGAGCCGCUUCAAAGGCAAACAUUCUUUGGACAGCGAUGAGGAGGAUGAGGAGGAGGGGUCCAGCAAAUAUGACAUCCUAGCCUCAGAGGACGUGGAAGGUCAGGAAGCAGCCACACUCCCCAGUGAGGGAGGGGUACGGAUCACACCCUUCAACCUACAGGAAGAGAUGGAAGAAGGCCACUUUGAUGCUGAUGGCAACUACUUCUUGAACCGGGACGCUCAGAUCCGAGACAGCUGGCUGGACAACAUUGACUGGGUGAAGAUCAGGGAGCGGCCACCUGAUCAGGGCUCACUGUCAGACUCAGAUGAGGAGGACAGCCUUGGCCAGACACCAAUGAGUGCCCAAGCCCUCCUGGAGGGCCUUCUGGAACUCCUGUUGCCGAGAGAGACAGUGGCUGGGGCGCUGAGGCGUCUAGGGGCCAGAGGAGGAGGCAAAGGGGAUAAUAGUAAGGGGCCUGGGCGGCCCAGUUCCCCCCAGCGCUUGGACCGGCUAUGUGGUUUGGCCGACCAGAUGGUGGCUCGGGGCAACCUUGGUGUUUAUCAGGAGACAAGAGAACGGUUGGCCAUGCAGCUGAAGGGUUUGGGGUGCCGGACCCAGGGACCCCCUGACCCCAUACCCCAACCAUCUCUGGACAUGUUUGCUGAGGAAGUGGCAGAGGGAGAGCUGGAGACCCCAACCCCUGUCCAGAGAGGAGAAGCAGAGUUGCCAGGAGAUGGUCUGGAGGAUGUGAUGUGGGAAUAUAAGUGGGAGAACACAGGUGAUGCUGAGCUGUACGGGCCUUUCACCAGCACCCAGAUGCAGACCUGGGUGAAUGAAGGCUACUUCCCUGAUGGUGUUUAUUGCCGGAAGCUGGACCCCCCUGGUGGACAGUUCUACAACUCCAAACGAAUUGACUUUGACCUCUACACGUCCCAACUCCUGCUCAUGCCUGUUGUGGAAAUGACCCUGCUUCUCCUCUUCUUUGGGGGUGUCUGGGCCCAAACGGUGGACACAGGGAUUCUGGAUAUGUCUACACCCAGACAAUCCUCUUUUUCUUUGGUCCCAAAUAUCUCUGAGGACCCAAACCCUAACUCAGUGGCCUCCAAUCAUACAAUAAUAAGGAUCCCUGAGAAAGAUGACAGCACCGGGCACCAGAUCUCUCCACCUUCCUCAAAUCCUUAUACAGACAAUCAGGCGUCCUUUCCUGAGACUGCCACCACUGCCAGUGGUGGCUUCUCCAUAUCUGAGCCAACAACCUACCAGGAAGUGUCCACCAGGAAGUCAUCAAUGCUCCAGGAAAUCUCUAAUCCAACCAGUAACCCUGCUGUCCCAGCAAUGAAUAAUAUUCCAGAACUUCACACUAGGACUGGUGGAACCAUCGCAGCUAGCUCUCAGGAGACCUCCAAUGCGACCAGUGAACUCCCUGUCAUCACGGUGACUAGCUCUCAGGAGACCUCCAGUGCGACCAGUGAACUCCCUGUCAUCACGGUGACUAGCUCUCAGGAGACCUCCAGUGCGACCAGUGAACUCCCUGUCAUCACGGUGACUAGCUCUCAGGAGACCUCCAGUGCGACCAGUGAACUCCCUGUCAUCACGGUGACUAGCUCUCAGGAGACCUCCAGUGCGACCAGUGAACUCCCUGUCAUCACGGUGACUAGCUCUCAGGAGACCUCCAGUGCGACCAAUGAACUCCCUGUCAUCACGGUGACUAGCUCUCAGGAGACCUCCAGUGCGACCAGUGAACUCCCUGUCAUCACGGUGACUAGCUCUCUGGAGACUCCCAAGGGGACCAGUGGCUCCUCCAUCUCUGGGGUAAAAAUAUCCGUCAUGCCUACCCCAGAGGCCUCCCCAAACACAGGCAGUGGGCUUUCCCCAAAUUCAGGUCAGAAGACACAUAACACCCUGCUGGUGACUGUGCUUGUGGCCCUGCUGGUGCUCAGCAUCCUCUUGCUACUACUCAUGAUGUGGCGCCAGCGGCAGAAGCGCAGGACCGGGGCCCUGACGCUCAACAGAGGCGGGAAGCGCAACGGGGUGGUGGACGCCUGGGCGGGGCCGGCGCGCGUGGCCGACGAGGAGGCCGGGGUGGUGGCGGCGGUGCCCGCUGGAAACAAGGGCUCCGGGGUGCCCGAGGCGGAGGGCUCCGGCCGCCAGCCCGCACUCACCACUUUCUUUGGUAGACGCAAGUCUCGCCAGGGCUCCGUGGCCCUGGAGGAGCUGAAGGCGGGGUCCAGCCCCAGCCUGAGGGAGGAGGAGGAGCCGCUGGUGGCCGGAGAGGACGAGGCCCCACAGGCGCCCGCUGCGCCCACGGCGGGGGACGCCGAGGCCCCUUAGCGCCUGCCAGUGACAGGCCUGGAGGCUGGAUCAUUGCCAGCUGCCGGCACCCUCCGCGCAUCGCCUCCAACCUCAUCACCCGCCAGCGUCUUCCCCCUGAACUUCAUCUCUCUUCUUAGCCCUGAGCUUCCAGCCCCUGCACCCGACACCCGCAGCAGCACCUCCGCCCAGCACCCAAACCAGACGGAGGCCGGGACUCACGCCCACUGAAGGCUCCACAGCUCACUCAUCGAAACUUCCGGCUUCCCUCCAUCACUUUUUCUCCACGUUUGUCCUUGAAACCAGAUGCUGAGACUCCAUAGUGCCAAAUUUCCUCACCUAUGAUUGCUCAGAGGAUCCCCAGGGACCCCAGAGUCUGGGAAGAAGGAAAUGACAAGCCAGCAGCCCCCUGUAGGAUUACUCUGGAAGGUACAUUUGGCCCCGUAGAUUAGGACAGUCACUGGGUCAACCCAUGAAACUCCUUUAAGUCUGGGCCCAGGGCUCUGCGCCAGCCGGCCUGCAGUGGUGCCAUCUAGCUGUGCUCUCAGGUGUGCUUGUGACAGCACCUGGCCUCUAGGCUGGCGCUCUGCCCAAGCCGCCGCUCUCCCCCACCUAUGGACUGAGGCAGCCAAAGGCUUCAGCUAUUUCUCCCCCCACGGGCAGAGGUAAGAAGAGUUACUGGGCAGGUGUAGUUCUCAGAAGCCCCAGCACCGUGUGGGUCCACUCAGGGGUUUGGUUUGUGUGCAAGAUGCAAGGAUUUGGUGGUUUGUGAAGGGUGGUGGUGAGUACAGAGGCCUGAGGGAGGGGGCAGGAAGGGUUUUGGAGGCUGAGGACAGGCCAACCUGAGGAGCUGCUGAGAACAUCUGCGCCCUCAUCUCUGCUCAAAUGGGGGAGGUAGUGAAAGAUUUAACUGUUGGUGGCCCAGUAAAAGAAUGCUGGCCUUGCUAGAAAGACUGCUCUUGUGACCCGAGCGUGAUUCUUCAGUUCAGUGCUCUGUCCCUUCCUCACAGCUUCCCCUGCACAUGAGGUAGGGGAGAGAAGCCCUGGUAGCUGAGUCUUGGUGACCCUCUGUUGUUACAUGUUUAAUGUGUUUAUCUGUUUCGAGCUCCUUCCCUUCUCCAAUGUGAGUCAGUGAGAGCCAGCUAAAUGAGGACCUACGCCAGCCUGGCAGAACCAGGGGCUUCCCCCAUGGCUCUGGGAUAGACAGGAGGGCACAAGACCCAACUGGCCACCUCUGAGACCAGCCCAGGCCAGAGCCCAAGGAGCCACAUGGGCGAGAGGCAGUUGGUAUUUCCCCAGGGCAAUGAGGAAAUUUUCAGAGAGGAAGUUGUUGAGUCACAGGGUGCAGUGUCUGAGAGCAGGCAGAUUGACCUACAAAAAGAGAGGCGGGUGAGAACUCUGAGUGUGACUGCAUGUGGUCAAACUGGACAUCAGGCAGGAGAUAAGGAAAGGGAUCUGGUGGGUCAGGUCAUUAGGUGAGGGAGAGAAUGGGCACAAAGUGGCCAAGGAUCUGCCCGGCCACCACAGGCCUGUGUCUGGCUUGCGGGAAUGGCGGAGCUGGUGUGGAAAUCCAGCCUUCCCCAUGCAGGCUGGACACCCACGAGGCUGCGUCUGGGCACACUUUCCUACUUCUCACAACGCACAGUUUGGACUAACUAUAGCCCCAGAGCAGCAGAAGUGAGUUCCAAAAGUCCCUUAGGGAUACCACAACUGUUGCCUUAGAUUUAUCAAACCAAGUGCCUCAAUUUCAGGUUUAGAAAAUAUUGUCACUGAACUCAGAGGCCGUCCACUCCACCCUUCUCAUUUGGCACGGGCAGUCACUUUUUGAGCCAUUACUGGUUUCUGGGUCCUGUGCGAAUCCUGCGGGCAAUGCUGAGUGUGGGUAAGGUACCCAAUAGGGCUCAAAAUUUGUGAAAAGUUUUCAAAUAGAAGCACAAACAAAAUUUUAUGAGAGCACCAAAAAAAGGGAGUAACACAGCUCCUAGGGAAGGUGAAGAGGCUUCCUCGGAGUGUGUUUCACAGGGUCUUUGUCAAACUCGCCGCCAUGUACCUGGGCAAUGUUGCUGGCAUGUAUUAGGUCCUCAGUAAAUACCCACUUCCAUGAAUGUAUGGAGAUGACUCCUUAGAGAUUUUGAAGGCUAAAAAGGAUUUUGCCAGGUACUCUCAGCAGGUGCAAAGGCACCGUAAGGACUCACAAGCAGUUCAAUGUAGAUUCUUUUUUUGACAGUCAUGGAACGGAUGCCUUUCAAUUCUCUAGAGGGGGAGAAAAAGCAAAGGAAGCAGUAGAUAUUGUAAGACCAAAAAGAAAAAAGGAAAGAAACAAUAAGAAAAUAUAA